AAUAGCCUCAGAGAAGAGUGCUGGAGGAAUUAGCUGCUUCGGAGGAAGGGAGCUGCAUUCUGCUGGGGAGCACAGUUGCAGCCUUCCUUUUUUUUUUCCUCCCCUUCCCCUUUCCCUUCCCCUUCCCUUCCCUUCAGCAUCUCCUGCAGUCAGCGCUUCCCUAACGAGGUGGCACUAUUGUUGAGUGAGACGGAUCGAAUCAGCAGCUCGCUUGAGGGGACAGCAGGCUUUAAAUCGAGGAGAGAUGCCUGCCAGCCCCGCGUUACAGCCGGGAAGCAUCGGUCCGAGGGCACUGGCAGCAGCACUGCCUCGUUCUUAGCAGCAGCCGGAGCCACUGCUGUGUGUCAGUAGUGUGUGGAAUGGAAGUGCUGGUGGGUAGCCUGUUAUGGAAACGCUGUUUGCUGUUAUUGUAGUACCGUGGUGACAACAUGCCAUUGAAAUGGAAAACGAGCUCUCCUGCUAUCUGGAAAUUCCCAGUUCCUGUGCUUAAAACAUCCAGGUCAUCGCCACUUUCGCCAGCGUACAUAUCUCUGGUGGAAGAGGAGGACCCUCAUAUGAAAGUGGCUCUGGGCAGCAGCGAUAUGGGCGUCUCUGCCCACCUACAGGCCUCCAAGACAGGGACCACGAGGUUUUUCACCAGCAAUACUCACAGCUCUGUGGUCUUACAGGGGUUUGACCAGCUGCGAGUGGAAGGGUUGCUUUGUGACGUGACUCUCGUUCCUGGAGAUGGGGAUGAAGUCUUCCCUGUUCACAGAGCUAUGAUGGCUUCUGCAAGUGACUACUUCAAGGCUAUGUUCACAGGAGGAAUGAAGGAGCAGGAUUUGAUGUGCAUCAAGCUUCACGGCGUGAACAAAAUAGGCCUGAAGAAGAUCAUUGACUUCAUUUACACUGCAAAGCUUUCCCUCAACAUGGACAACCUGCAGGACACUCUGGAAGCUGCCAGUUUUUUGCAGAUUUUACCUGUUUUAGACUUCUGUAAAGUGUUUCUUAUCUCUGGGGUGUCGCUGGAGAACUGCGUGGAGGUGGGGCGCAUCGCCAACACCUACAACCUGGCGGAGGUGGACAAGUACGUGAACAACUUCAUCCUGAAGAACUUCCCGGCGCUGCUGAGCACGGGCGAGUUCGUGAAGCUGCCCUUCGAGCGCCUGGCCUUCGUGCUGGCCAGCAACAGCCUCAAGCACUGCACCGAGCUGGAGCUCUUCAAGGCCGCCUGCCGCUGGCUGCGCGCCGAGGAGCCGCGCAUGGAGUGCGCCGCCAAGCUGAUGAAGAACAUCAGGUUCCCCCUGAUGACCCCCCAGGAUCUCAUCAACUACGUCCAGACGGUGGACUUCAUGCGGACUGACAACACCUGCGUCAACCUGCUGCUGGAGGCCAGCAACUACCAGAUGAUGCCCUACAUGCAGCCGGUGAUGCAGUCGGAGAGGACGGCCAUCCGCUCCGACAGCACCCACCUGGUGACGCUGGGGGGAGUGCUGCGGCAGCAGCUGGUGGUCAGCAAGGAGCUGCGGAUGUACGACGAGAAGGCCCACGAGUGGAGGUCCUUGGCUCCCAUGGACGCCCCCCGCUACCAGCACGGCAUCGCCGUCAUCGGCAACUUCCUCUACGUGGUGGGGGGGCAGAGCAACUACGACACGAAGGGCAAGACGGCGGUGGACACGGUGUUCCGCUUCGACCCGCGCUACAACCGCUGGAUGCAGGUGGCCUCGCUCAACGAGAAGAGAACCUUCUUCCACCUCAGCGCCCUCAAGGGCCACCUCUACGCCGUGGGCGGCCGCAACGCCGCGGGGGAGCUGGCCACUGUGGAGUGUUACAACCCCAGGAUGAACGAGUGGAGCUACGUCGCCAAGAUGAACGAACCUCACUAUGGCCACGCCGGGACUGUCUAUGGGGGAUUGAUGUACAUUUCAGGGGGCAUCACCCACGACACCUUCCAGAAGGAGCUGAUGUGUUUCGACCCCGACACGGACAAGUGGACUCAGAAGGCCGCCAUGACGACGGUCAGGGGCCUGCACUGCAUGUGCACGGUGGCAGACAAGCUCUACGUCAUCGGGGGCAACCACUUCCGCGGGACCAGCGACUACGACGACGUCCUCAGCUGCGAGUUCUACUCGCCCAGCCUGGACCAGUGGACUCCCAUCGCGGCCAUGCUGCGCGGGCAGAGCGACGUGGGGGUGGCUGUCUUUGAGAACAAGAUCUACGUGGUGGGAGGCUACUCCUGGAACAAUCGCUGCAUGGUGGAGAUCGUGCAGAAGUACGACCCGGAGAAGGACGAGUGGCACAAGGUCUUCGACCUGCCCGAGUCGCUGGGGGGCAUCCGCGCCUGCACCCUCACCGUCUUCCCGCCGGAGGACAGCACGGGCUCCCCGUCCCGAGAGUCUCCCCUCUCAGCACCUUAGGCGCCACCCCUGGACUCGUGGUGGUGUGGGAACAGCUCUGGCACUGCAUCAUGGAGUCUCUUCUCUGGUUUUGUGUCCUUUGGUAGUCUCUGGUAGGCUUCGGCCUGCAGCAUUUCAUACACUUACUGGGAGGAAGAAAAACGGCAACGAGAAGACCCCCCAGAAACCCAAACCAGCUCAACCCAGCCCAACCCAAACCAACCCAACCUUGCCCAACCCAACCUUACCCAACCCAAACCAGCCCAACUUUGCCCAGCCCAAACCAGCCCAACCCAGCCUUACCCAACCCAACCUUGCCCAACCCAAAGCAGCUCAACCCAGCCUUACCCAACCCAAACCAAGCCAACCUUGCCCAACCCAAACCAGCUCAACCCAGCCUUACCCAACCCAAACGAAUCCAAUCCAACCCAACCCAAACCAGCCCAAUUGAACCCAACCCAGCCCAACCCAACCCAGUUCAACCCAACCCUACCCAACCCAGCCCAAUCCAACCCAACCCAACCUUACACAACCCAAUCCAACCCAACCCUACCCAACUCAGCCCAAUCCACCCCAACCCAACCUUACCUUACCCAGCCCAACCCAAUCCUACCCAACCCAUCCCAGUCUAACCCAACCCAACCUUACUCAGCCCAACCCAAUCCAUCCCAGCCCAAUCCAACCCAACCUUACCCAGCCCAACCCAACCUUACCCAACCCAAAUGAACCCAAUCCAACCCAAACCAGCCCAAUCCAACCCAACCCUGCCUAACUCAAUCCAACCCAGCCCAUUCCACUCCAACCCAACCUUACCCAACCCAACCUUACCUUAUCCGGCCCAACCCAAUCCAACCCAACCCUACCCUACCGUACCCAACCCAGCCCAAUCCAACCCAGCCUUACCCAACCCAGCGCAACCCAACCCAGCCCAACCCAACUCAAUCCAACCUAAUCCAACCCAGCCCAACCCAACCCAAUCCAACUCUACCCAACCAAGCCCAACCCUGCCAAGACUUUGCCAUUGUUUGUGCUGACUGUUUGGCCUAGAACCUGUAUCCAGUGCUUAGCACAGGCAGGUGUGCUCCCCUCAGCCAGAGGGGAAGAGGCUGGCUGUGAAAUAUCUGAGCUAGGUAGGUUCUUGCCCUGCUGAGGCCACCUCUUAGCCCCCACCAGUGAAAUUGGAAGCCUGUGGCCACAGCCUCUCACUACGUCUCAUAGCUUUGCCUUUCCCUGUUUGGAGCACCCAUGGCGAGGGCAGGUAGGAGCACAUCAGCGUGAGCCACGGCAGGAAGCUGCCAAGGGCAGCCUGAGCUACCUCCCUCUUUUUGCCAGAGCAUUUUGGACAUAUCUCUUUCACCCACCUUGCCUUCCUGGCUGCUUCCUGCAGCUCAACUUGCCCAGGCAGAGGGAAGGGAUGAAAAUCACUCCAGAGAAGUGGACCUGGGGAGUUUUUUGUAACACAGAUCCAUUUCUUCCCCCCCGAGGCAGCUGAGUGAUGCCUCCAACAAAAGAUUUAAACCGUGGGUUGGGUUUUUUUUUGGGGGGGGGUUUUAAUUUGUUUGGUUUUGCUCUCUCUUUUUUCUUGGUUUGUUUUCUUUCCCCUCCAGGAAUUAGCUCCCAUUGGAACAGACCCCGUGAAGCAAUGGGAGUUCAGUGCAGGGCUGUGUUCUGUUGGAUGCCUGUGCUGAGGAGAGGUAGAUAAGGGCUAGCAACAUUAACUUCAGCCACUGGAUUUGACCAAACCCAUUCCACCAGAUCAAACUGAAUCUACCUUCACUCCUCUGCUCCACUAACAGCUCCUCUCAGUUAAUGAGGUUACUUAGCACAAGGUGCAGCUUCAGCCAGAGAGCUGCUUUGGCUCCCUGAGCUUGGGCUGACCACCUUUACCUUCUCUAUUUUAUUUUUUGUUGUUGUUGUUGAGUUUUUUUUGGUCAAUAAAACUUUAAACUGCUCUGGUUCA